AGAACGCGCCACGCCCUGCUUUCGACGUUGCCGUGUCCGCGAUGGACGGCCCGCAUAAUGAGAAACACGAAUCAGUGGCCUCAUCGUUCUCCCGUAUCUUUAGUCGCGUGCGCUGCGACUCCGUGCGCGUUUGCCUUUGCUUAUCGCGUUCUUGCGCAGCUUUAAUUAGCUAGCCGCCAUCUCUUGGUCGCUAUGCUACUUCUACGUACUUGCUUGUUCCUUUUAUUUCUUUUGCAGUCAUAUAUCUUCGCUCAUAACCAUAAAGAUGGUACGGCGACGCUUCGAAGCAUAUAUCAACAAAACACGUGCGAAUUAGAUGGACCAUAGAAUGUGCUUGUUAAGAUACCAACGCAGUUAAAAGACAUACACACAGAAUCCUGAUAGCAGUGUUAAGGAGAUUAAGGAGGUUACUUUAAAAGCGUGCACUACAGCAGCGACAACGACGACGAAGAACAAAGGAGAGCAUUGCUUAUGCAGGGGAAAGAAGGAAAAGGAGGGGACAUGCCAUAAGCUGCGUACCCGCGGCACGCCAUCUACAUCGGCUUUGUGUAUUUCAUGGUUGCGCAAUAGCGCGCGACUCGAGAAAGCCGAGCGCGCGACGCACGCUGGCAUUUUUGCUUUUGUACGUCGGUCAUAGGGUUGCGCACAACACUUCGUCCAACAAUUGAUUGCGCUUCAAAGAGAGGCGAAACUCGAAUCGGACGGCGAAAAGGGAGAAGGGGAAAAGUGAAGUCGUAAAAGAGGGUACGCAACACCCAUCCCGCGACAAACUGUACCGAACAAGGGCACAGAAGGCAAGAGAGACGGAUUACCAACAUUACAGUCAAACGGAGAACAAAGGGGGAAGGGUGUAAAGAGAGAAUGGAGGGAGGACGGAAGACGCAGACAAAGAGACGAAGAAAGAGGAAAGGUGCAUGCGAUGAGAAAGGGUGGGGAAGAGGAAAGGAAAGGAAGAUCGGUCUCUUGGUGCAGAGCGUAGUGGUUAUAAAGAGAAGCGGCAUCGCUGCACGGCUACUUGGCUCUCCAGGGCCAGGAUAUUUCAAUACCGACGGUGGUCGGCCACCGCCGACGUGGCUACGAAGAGGGGAAAUGCUUGUGACGAUGUGCGCUUGUACAUAUAUAUAUAUAAAUGUAUAUAUGUAAAUGGUGUAUAUAUGUACUUCCCCUUGUACCCCUCACCCACGUGCCCGCCCUACGCGACAGCACAUACGCGGUAUAUACGGCUUUACACACCCGUGGGCGUUAAAGAGAAAGAGAGAGAACGAGAUAUGACCGGUGGCACGGUAGCGCGCUCCGCUAUUCGGGUUUCCUGCACGAGGGGAAGAGUGUGAUGGGGAGGGAGAGAAUUUGCUGUCUCUGUUUGAACAUACACAGAGGGGGAAAGUUGCGGCAAAACGGAAAGGCUGUUGUCGAAGGGGAAUACAGGGACGCGCGCGGCACGGCGAUGGGGACCUCGAACUGAACCGUCGACCGACGAUCGUCCGUGAGCCCGCCUUCUCGACGAGUCGAGGGGAACGGACGUGGGCUGUGCCACUCGUCGAUUGGUCGCCGUGCUCAGCGGGGUUAGAAGCGUUGGUAGCGCCUCGAGAAUCCCACCAAUCGAGCGCCACUGUCGUGGCUUUUUUAUCCUGCUAUUUGCGCCGAAGGACGGAGAAGAGCAGAGGUUCCCCCAUCUGGCUCUCUCACUCCUUUUGUAUCCCUCUCCUUUUCCUUUGCUGAACCGCUCUCCCUAUGUGUUCGUCGGCACGGAGAGGACACUCUCGUUUCGGGAUCCGUUGAGGUUGCACACGUUUUCACGAACAGUGCCGCCGGUUUUACUGCGACGCGCUCUAUUCUACGUUGAUCGUACUCGAUACCGUGUGUUAUCAUUCCGGCGAGUUUCCGAUUUUUGCGAAUAGUCCGUUCGAAAACGUCUGUUUAUUAUAAAAGCAUCGUAUGCGAUGCCGUGCGGUAGUGUUAUGUAGUGUGUGACAGUACGUCGCAAGAGGAUACAGUGUUGCCAGAUCGUGGGCGCGAAUCGACACGGCAAAAGCGGUACCUUGAUCGCUUGAAGCAUCGUGAUUAAAUCACGCGUGUGUUUCUAGAAGGACACAUCGAUCGAUUCGUUUUGUUUGUGAUAACAAGUGAUAAACGUAACGACGGCAUAGUCGAUUCUCGAGUUAAUCGGGUAAUACGCCAGUGACAUUUGGUGCGGUGCUAUCGACGAAAUAGAGUUGGCAACGUUGCAUCGACUGGUCUCUCACACAAAUAUACGCAUACACGUACCUAGAAGGGAACUUGGGGUGGCUGGCUAGCAGGCAGGCGGCAGGCAGGCAAGCAGGCAGGCAGCUUUCUUGUUCCGAGGACGGCGCUCCUGGUCGCGCCGUCUCUCUUUUCUACCUCCAUUGCGCUUGCUCUUCUCUCCCUCUUCUCCCCACCCUUCUCGUCCUCGGUCACUCAAUCACACUCUCCUUCUUUUGCUUUCUCUAUCUUUCUCUCUCCGUUGUAUGCGCGGCGCACGUACCGUUGAGAGUUUCUCCCUUCCCCUUCUGAUACUCUUUCUCUACCGUUACCCCCUCCCCUCCUAACCUCGAGCGGGUCGGGCGAGUCCACUAAGCUUGCGAGGGGAGUUCGGCAGACCUCGGCUCUAGUCGGCCUCGAUCCGCAGAAUGUGCUAGACGCUGUGAGUCGAUCGCUCCAGUUUUUACAUAUUCGUAUAUAGACAGACUCAACGCCGUUCACGAGGCUUUAAAACGUCCUAUUGCACUUCGUACACGGAUCCACGAGUUUCCAGUGCCUAUAUCGACGUUAGUUUUCACCAUCAGUUUCGGACGCACUCGAUCAGCGUAUAUCCGUACGACGGCCAUGUUUGGUGUUUACGAGGUGAGGGGGAAUUGCUGACGUCACGAACCCCGAUCUUGCACGAAGGGAGUAGCAGCACCAGCAGAAGCAGAAAACGUGUGUUGCCGGCCAACACCAGGCACCACUAUAAGUCUCGAUACCAAUUCGGAGACGAGACACACAAGUCAAGCGUACUCGUAUUCCUCGACAAAUAUCGUACGCAGAUUUAUCCGUAAGGUGAACACACGUAGAAGAAACUCGCGGCGCGCAAACUGUGCCGCUUGAAAUUCCCUUCCCGAUGGGACGUGCGUGUACGCCGACUUCGCUCGUGUUCGCCGGUCUUGCCGCGACUACUGGCCUUUCAAAAAACAUCGGUCGCAUUGCCGCCUCGCUGCUGAAAUAGCAGCCACUCUAAUCACCAGUCGGUCGACUCAGUCCCGAUCAGUGCGAAAAACAUCGAGCAAUGCCGAGUCUUCUCGUAUACGAGACAACACGUGUUUAUUGUGUUUACACGGUGUGUCAUCUCGAUUAAAUUAGAGCAUCGUGGUCAGAUUACGGCAUAGGUACAUAUGGUGUUACGUUACUCAGUGUGGUUUUUUAGUGACACCCUCCACUCUCUUAUUGGAUAUAUUAACAGCUUUUAUUACGGAUCUAACGAACAAGGAUUAAAAACAUGGAUCUAGGUGACAGAGUUUACGCCGCGGAACGGAUUAUAAAGAAGAGGGAAAAGCGGGGCAAAGUAGAGUACUUCGUAAAAUGGAAAGGAUGGAGCAAAAAACACAACACAUGGGAACCCGAAGAAAACAUUUUAGACGUCAGGUUAAUUGAAUUAUACGAAGAAAGUCAAAAAGGUGGAGAUGUGACUGCAAGGAGACCUAGGCGGAGGGAUACUAGAUAUAACGAACACGUUUUGGCUAACUUGGUCGUCGAGGAAGAGCCCGGCGGAGACGAGAGAGUUGGAGAAGAUAGUCAAGACGAAUCAACUAUCGGUAGCACCUCCGCGCCUCGCCUAAAUCCCGUUGCACCUGACGAAGAUACGCUUCCGAGUUCCGUCGAUGGGCACGAAUCGCCAACAGCCCCAGAAUUAUCUGCAUCCGCGUUCAGUGUUGAUUCAGAUUGUUCCAAUAGUAGUAUAGACAGUCCUCUACUGCCUAGGAGAGAACCGACUGGUACGAAAAGAAAGGCCGAGGUUCUCAGCAAAGAAUCGGGAAAAAUUGGUGUUACCAUUACUACGAGCAGUCCAAGCAGUGGUAGUGGAAGUCCUCCUCCAAACAAAAUACCUCGACUAUUGCCCCUGAAGAGUAAUCCAACGUCUCCCUCUUAUCACAGUCACAAGGUAAACGGCAGGAGGCCGUCAUCGUCAAGCGUGAAGUCGACACCGGAGGAACCGCUGCCAGCGGUGCCGACGACACCAGCUCCAGCGGUGCAAGAGAAAAAGCGUGCCGAAGCUGACGUGCCUCACGGUCCUCCACCCUCGCUGCCGCGUGCACCGCCAGCACCUCUCUCCCCUCAGAUAGACACGCCUUUGGAACAGCCUACCAAAAAGAGGCACUUGUCUGAGCAAAAACAAGAGAAGUCGAACGGAGCUGUGACAGUAGACGCGAACGGUCACAAGUCACCUAGCCCUACGGAUUCAUAUACAAACAACAACAGGUUACCGACCGUCGUCAAUGGGCAUCAUAGUCAUAACAAUAGCAACAAUCAUAACAACAGUAAUAGCAACAAUAGCAAUACAUCGAGCGUGAAGCAAACGGAAAUCUCGAAGACCGACAUGUAUGUCCCUCUUUCAAGUCCUGGUACGGAUUACUGGCACGCGCGGAAUCCAGUUGCCGAUCAGGUGUUCAUUACAGACGUGACGGUAAAUUUGAAGACCGUUACCAUCAGGGAGUGCAAGACUGAAAAAGGAUUCUUCCGGGAAAGGGAUCCAAAGAGCGAUAUCUAUUAACGAUCUUUAAAUAAGGACGCUUUAAUGCGAAUUUCUAAUACUGAACCAGCUUGUAAAUAUAAAUUAUUUUCACACGUUGAAGUGUAGAGUCGAAAAUACUGAACACACACAUAUAUAUAUACGUAUAUGUAUACUUAUAUUAUAUGUCGGAGAUGAAAGGACACCGGAGCCUUCCCUCUGGAACUUCGGGAAAAUCCGUAAAAUUGUAAUUAAAGCUUACAGUUUGUGAUUAAACAACUUACCGUCAUUCUACCCAAUUGUACUUGUUGGCGAUCGGUUAUAAUAAACUUGGGCUCAAGGCGACCAUCAGCCGCCAAAUGUAGCCGCGGUCAACGGGACGGGCACUUCUGACAAAGGUACGGAGGGAUAGUAUGACCCUCAUUAAAAAAAUACCCUUAGAGGUACCUGACAGUACAACAUGCCAACAGUUCCUUCGGACAAUGAAUACCGGAUGUUGAGGCACUUACAUAGCACAAAUCCAGUUAGCCCGAAGAUCCGCUAUAAAACCUGGGUUUUUUCGGUAAUUAAGAUUCUUCAAACGGACAAGCAGUCUUUGCCCCAAAUUGGCCAAUUGACAGCGACGUCAAUUUCGCUUACUUUCGGAACGAGGGCUAUACUCGACGAAUCCGAUGAACUCGUGUCCGUGGACACAUCCCAUCAUAGCUUUCCUCAGUGGCAUCAUCGGGACGAAAAUUCAUUCUUUCUUGAGAUCUGAUCGACGAAGGGAGUAGCGUCUUACGAUCGAUGAGUGGUACACGUUUCAGUUAGAGCAAGUAUAUCUAUUCUCCCGUUGACCGUGGAUUCGUUAUCGAACCAACGUCGCUAGUAUCGCAAGUGCCCAACCACCGCGGUUGAUCGUCAAAUCGGUAGUAUUACCAGGCCGUACCUUUGUUAUAACCCCGUGAUGGCCCAUUCCAAGAUCUAGCAAACGCCCACAACUCUAUUCCUGACGCUUCUCCGACAUAUAUAUAUAAGGACUUUUUCUAAAAAAGUAAAACGGACUCUUUUUUGGUGAUUGCGAAGAGGAUGGUCGAGGUUAUGUGUAAUUACAAAGAAAUUGUUCAACUCGCAGUUUCCUAGAACAAGAUGUUACGUGAACCUAAAAUUGGACGUGGAUUUGAUUGGGGACAAAAAUUCGAACGGUCAGUUCCGGCGUGUCGAAUAGAAAAUUAUCGUGUAAGUCGACGGAUAAAAGAUAAUAAGACUAUCGUUAUGCGACAAAUAAACGCGAAAGAACAAUGGUACACGAGUCACUGUCACAUCGUGGCAUACACUUGUACAUUUUAAAGACGCUUGAUAGACCGUAAACUCUGUGUACGAAAAUCAGACAAAAAAGAAAAUGCAAAAAGAUCUGAAAGAAACAUUUUAGAGGAUAAAUAACAUUUUCUCAUUGAUUGCAUUUCCGCUUGUAUUAGAAUUCUGCAGAAAAAAAAAAAAGGAUAAAGAAUGGUGGAAUACCAUUGUAAAUUAGUUAAUUUCAAAUUUUAAUAUGAUAAAAUAGUACAGAUCUGGAAAGAAAUAUUUUUCUAAUUCAUUUUUAGAAUAAUCAAAGCAGCUUCGUAGAAGCGUUUUAAGAAAAUACGAAAAAAAUGAAUUUUCGAGUAUAUAGAAACAAAAGUAACAAAAAAGGAACUAAUGUUAUCUUGAUGACGUAUUUCUCAGCAUUAUGAUAUUAUAUUGUAUUUAACUGAUGAAUAUCACACUCAUUUCUUUUUCUCUUUUUCUUAGCGAGUAAUAUUUUGUCACAAGAAGAAAUGAAAAGAGGUGUACCAUUCGUUCGUAGAUUUUAGAUUUGUUUAGAGGCACGAACGCAUUAUUGAUUUUUUUUUUUUUUUUUUUUUUCAAGUUGUUAUAGCAUCACACUCACACAAACAGACCUACACACACGUACACAUACAGUUCAAUGCACAGUGACAAACAAGCUGAAAAAGGGAAGCAAAACGAUGUACGUUAUCAACAACGUAGUACAUGAUAACUUCAUAAUCUAUAUAACAUGUUUUAUAUCGGUUGUCGGUGUUUUUGUUACGAAUCGAUUAAGUAUUGUUUAAACGUGUUAGAUGUUGCAUUUUUUUUUUAUACCUUCAAAGGUAUCUUUUCUUUCAUUUCCCUUUUUUUUCCAUUUGAAUUUAAGGACUGACUGCGUAUUAUACGUUUUCAUACACGCGACAUUUAAUUCCAACCAUAUAUAUAUAUAUAUAUAUAUAUAUAUAUAUAUAUAUAUAUAUAUACUUACGAAUAUGUAUUUCGAGAAAUAUUUAUGCAUAUCCUUGAGAGAGCGCCAUUUUAUUUUUUUAAGAUGGGUUGUCGACGUGUAUUCACCAAAUAGGAAUGUUCCUACCUCGAAAACGGUCAUCUUGAACAGAGAAUCGAGUACAACCAAAUUCUAACGAUCUUCUAUCCAAACAAUGUAAUUAAUUAAUUAAUGUCGUUAAACUUCCUCAAAGAUUGACUCUAUUCUCUUCCUUUUAUUUUAUUUUAUUUUAUUUUAUCUUUCUUUCUCUUUUUAACUUCCGCUGCACCGUACAUUUGGCGCCGCGUGUGCACCAAUUUCGGAACCAGUAAAUUCGUGAUACAGUUAAUUGUAUAAGCGUAAAUCUUAAAAGGAAAAAAAAUACAUAUACGUUGCUUAUUUAUUCUAACUAAUAUAAAGGAAGAAAAGUUUUUUUUUUUGGUUUUUACAUUCUUAGUAUAGUAUUAGAGACUAUGCGCGCGAUACGUCCCAUUUUACGAGGAAAGGAAAAAUUUUCUUCUCUGUCGUACAUUAAAAUUGAUUAACUAUAUAAUUUAAAAUGAUAAAUCGACGAUACAUUAGUAAUAGAUGUUUAAUAUUUCUUCUAUUUUUUUCCCGAUUGACUAUGUACGAUCUAUUUCCAAGCGAGAAGCAGAAUUGUAACGGUUUAUCUUUUUAAACGAGAAAAAAGAAUGGGACUAUUUGUGCGCAGUUAGGUCGCGCGAUUUCUUGCAAUUCGCGUUUGCAAGGAAUUUUAAAUACGCGUUUAUUAAAUUGUUGUGUAAUGUAAACCAAUACACUCUGUAUAUUGAGAGAGAAAUAUUCUGUAAAAAUUGUAAAUAGUUGAACACUUACAAUUCUAUGAUAACGGAGCGAUUUUAGAGCGAGAGUGAGAAUGAAACAAAGGGAGAGAGAGAGAGAGAGAGAGAGAACGCGUAGCUUUAGACCUUUCAGUUUAUCAUAAUUGUAAAUAGAAAAACGGAAAGCAAGAAACCCCUUUAAGUUGUAAAUGUAAGAAUCGCAGAACUGCUGAUCUAGGAGAAAAAUCCUUUUUAGCUUUAGAGACUUUGAGAUAGACUGUGCGCGUACCUUCAAUAUUGUUUCUGUACUUAUAGAAAUAUUCAGAUUCUACUUAUAACGAUUUAAAAAAAAAAAAAAAAGAUGAAGUCAACACAGAUACACACACACCGACACAAGGAAAAAAUGUGAAAAGAUAACCCAGCGAUUACGCAGGCAUAUACGAUAUGAACCCCGGUAGUACCAAAUUUAAACGGUAAUUUUAGUUCUGUCUGGUACAGAUUCCUUAUAUUUCAAUAAAAUCUUUAUUUGAAUCUUU